AUGCCGUCCUUAAUCAAUGGCAAGUUCCAACUGCCUGCUCUCGACCUCAAGUUCGGCUCCCUGACCGAGGGCACCGAUAUCCCGCCGCCUCUCCCCUCGCCCAUACAAGAAGAGCAGCCCGAGACCCCACAGCCAGCAGCUGGGGACGCCGCCAAAUCCUCCACCGCGACCAACGGCACCCAGACGUCGCCAGCGGCAACCAGGGCCAACGGCAACAAGCAGUCCGCAGAGAACGUGCCUCUGCCUGGGUCGCCAACCUCAGUCAGGACCGGACAGGGUAGCAUCCGACGUUUGUUGAGCCGCCAUCGACUGGACUCGGCCUAUGCUAACGGAGAGACAACAGCAGGAGAUGCUGGUGUGCAAGCCCUCAAGAAACCGGACAGCCGCCCGACCAGCCGCAGCAACGCUAGCAUCACCACCGAAAAGCAGUCUAAGCGAGCCUCUGGCUUCUUUCGCCGCUUCCGGAGCUCCCAUGAUGCGACAGAGAACACUCGGCCAAGCAGGCUUUCCACAUCAAACGAGAACGAAAAGCCCGCCAUCUCCAGUCCCAGGCCGAGGGGUCCGCCGCCACCCAUGAUCCCGGAAUUCAAGGCCCUUGGGUCCAAGGUCGACCUCGACGGCGAACAGGGCAGUUUAGGAGACGACCUCUUCAAGAACAUAAAGUAA